CCCACAGACAUUCCCACUCACGAAAUAUGGCGUCCGCUAUUGACAUAACAUUACGUCGUUCUGGUCGCGGCUUCAAACUUGUGGAAACGUCCGGCGUUGAAUCAUUCCGUGCGUGAAGAAUCGCGCAAUCACCUCGAAUCGUGUGAACAUUGAAUCAAUUCCAAUCGGAAACCGUGCGUUCCACCGCGAGUGCCGCCUCGAUUCAACGAAACCCGUUCGACUGGGAAACGUGACACAAACCCCAGGAAGCAGAGCAACGGCGGAGCGCGGGGCGCCUUUGACCUUUUUUCACGCGCUAACAAAAAGUGCCACUUGUUCAUUGCAGCGAGGAAAGGACACGCUGGUCGCGUGGAAUCGUCUGGCAAUUGUGUAAAAUCGAUUCGUGGAAAAGUAAACAUUGUGCCCCGAGUGGAAGUGGAAUAGUGCGUAGUUGUGGCAAUUAGUGCAGUGAUUUCAGGUCAAAUUGGUGCAAGGCAGAGUGUCAACUCGUUUCUAGAGCAAUUCGCAUAUCGUCUCGUCGCGCUCGUGCCGCCGCGCGGUUGCCUGCCUUCCCGCGACGAGUGGGGCCGCGCAAUUCAUGCAAAGCAGAUUCCGCAGACAAUGCGAUGUCGUCGCCAGUCCGCGUGUUUAAAAUUUAUAAUCUCUUUGUUUUCAAUUGAUCGGCCGUCGCGCUAAUUGCAGCGAGCCGCGGCUGAGGAAGCGGGGAGCGGUUUUGAAACGGAUUCGGAGCAACGGCACAGUCAUCACCUGGCCGAAACCCGUGCAGAUUGCUCCAUCGCAGCAUCCGAGCACCUCAACCUCCGCAUUCUGUUCAGAUAUCAAUAAAAAAUGGAUGAAAAACGUGUAGCCGAUUAUUUCGUGGUGGCUGGCAUGCCCGAAAAUCCCCAACUCUUACAAGAGAGUAUAUUCAACGACUCAGGACAUUUACGUGCAGCAAAUUCCAUAGAUCCAAUUACCGAUAUUGGCGUGUUCUUUCCUGAUUUGGGCGAGAAGAUCCCUGAAGGACAUCAAAUCCUUGAAUAUACUCCAACCGGAUUGCAUGCCGAUUUAAAUUACGGUUCGGUUCGUACGACACCAUGCUACAUUUACUUUAGACGGGGCAAGGAUAGACCGCCUUUAGUUGAUAUUGGGGUUAUGUAUGAUGGCGCGGAACGUAUUAUGCCUGAUGCAGAGAUGGUUACGGAAACACCCGGCAAUCGGGUCGCCAAUGUGAACAACUCAUCAGCGAAGAUAUUCAUAACGUAUCGACGCGCUUCAAGUGAUAUGCCAUGCAAUGAAUUGGUCGUGACGGAGCUUUGUAUUAUAAUCGCAUCAAAAGGGGAAAGACCACCGCACGCUUUUUGUCAAAUACCGAAAACAUUGAACAAAGGCCUUGUCGGCAGUGACGUCUAUCUAUGCUAUAAGAAAUCAAUGAACCGUCCAAAAUUGAUUAGCUAUCAGCCCGAAAUUUUGUUAAGAUACCCAACCGUUGAUCAUAACGAUUUUCCUUUAAAUUUAUGCCCAAGUGUGCCUCUAUUCUGUUUGCCGAUGGGAAGCUCGCUGGAAGCGUGGCCACAUAUUAGUGAAUCGAGCAAACGAAAAGCAAUUAAUCCUGUAUUUAGUACUUUCGUUCUGACCGUCAAUGACGGCACCUACAAGGUCUAUGGAUCAGCAUUGACGUUCUAUGAAGACUUUGACGAAGAGAAUUUAACGGAAAACCAGAAAGAACUACUGGGAUGGGAUGAAGAAUUCAGUAAGAGUCAUUCAUUGCACGUUAACAAAGCAAUCUGUCUGCUUUCACAUUAUUCAUUCGGUGAUACGUUCGAGAGAUGGCUACAGUACUUACAGCACAUGGCGACAAAGAAGGAUGGUUUACAGGUUCCAAUUGAACGAUAUAUCACACAACUAUUGGAGGAAGUUCCAUUCCCAAGCCCAAGCAUUCUUUUACAGAUGUCCAGCGAGAGCAAUGACCGGAUAUUAUUAACUCAACCCGAAGAUUCGCCACUUCCACGAAGUGGGGCCGGGUUCCGUCAUCUUUUGUCCAAUUUAGGAGCUGAAAAUUGCUUACACGUUUUACUUUUAGUACUUACAGAGCAAAAGAUUUUAAUUCACUCCCUUAGACCCGCAACGCUAACAGCAGUGGCGGAAGCUGUUGUCACUCUAUUAUUCCCAUUUAAAUGGCAAUGUCCUUACAUACCACUGUGCCCGCUUGGUCUCGCGGAAGUUCUGCACGCUCCCGUGCCAUACCUGAUUGGUGUCGAUUCACGAUUUUUCGACCUAUACGAGCCGCCGCAGGACGUCACUUGCAUCGAUUUAGAUACGAAUAAUAUAAGCAUAUGUGAAGCUCAAAAACAUCUCACCACAAAACUACUGCCAAAACGAGCAGCACGCAUUCUCAAGCAAACACUACGAAAUCUAGAGGAUUUACAAGCCAAUCAAGGAAUUGAUUCGAAAAAUAGUUUAGAUCGUGAUUUUAAGAGAAAGAAACGAGAACAGAGUUUAGAGCAACAAAUCCAAGAGGCCUUUUUACGUUUCAUGGCAUCAAUACUGAGAGGCUAUGGUGAAUAUUUAGUUCCUAUAUCGAAAGCACCGUCCGUGGGUGCGACAGAUCCGAAUGCUUUGUUUCAGUUGAAUGCAUUUUUGAGAUCGCGUGAUAAAGCACAUCAUAAGUUUUUCCAACUUCUCAUGAAAACCCAAAUGUUUAUUCGUUUUAUCGAAGAACGAUCGUUCGUUUCCGAUGGCGAUCAUGGAUUGGCUUUCUUUGAUGAAUGCACGGAGAAAGUUAGCGCUUAUGAUGAUGCACAGUCAGAUGUUCGUUUAGUUGAUUGGGAAUCCGGACAUAGUAGCGAGAGGACGAAAUUCAUUUUGCCGCCGGAUAGUAUUAGUGCGGGAAAUUCCAAGCAAGUUUUCGUCUAUAAAACUUUCACCUUGGAUCCGCAACUGCUAAAACCUCUCCGAAAGACCCAUUUAACAUCUUUCCUUCAACAAAACUUGGGCGUUGCUCCUGGAUCACCAAUCGCACGUCGUACCAAACACGAAAUCAAACUAGCACAUAAAUUGGCACGAAAAUGUCAACAACAUCCAGAACUGUGGGCCAAAUACUUACUGGCAACUUGCUACUCUCUUUACUUUCUGGUCCUGCCAAGUAUGGUUCUGCAUGCACCGGGAAAAGAGCAAACUGUCCUGCAAGCCGCCUACGACUUACUGCUUCGUGCCAGCAAGCUAAAAAUUACUUGUGAUGAGUUCUGCUACCGAGUAAUGAUGCAAUUGUGUGGUAGCUAUAAUUUCCCCGUUUUGGCAGUGAGACUUCAUUAUCUUAUGAAGCGAUCAGGCGUCCAGCCGAAUGCAUUGACUUAUGGCUUCUACAAUAGAUGUGUUCUGGAAUCUGAAUGGCCUUCAGACAGUACAACGCUCAGUCAGAUGCGAUGGAAUCGUAUAAAAAAUGUCGUUUUGGGAGCUGCACAUUUCAGACGAGCAGGGAUGCGACGAAUUUCGAAAAAGAGGCUGUCAACAUCUCUUGAAAAUAAUCUAAGCACUUUGGAAACCGUCGAUGGAACGUCUCGAACCAGUUUAGAUUCGAACAACUCAUCUCAUGUCGAGCCUGUGAGCAACUUUUUUGAUUUCUCGGCAUUCGAUAAGAUUCGAGGCAAACUGGGGAAUAUUGUUCGUCAAUCGAAUCCCCAAGAAUCUGCAGAUGUUAUAACUAGUGCCGGACUGCUAAUAUCGGGAGAUGCUGGAAAUAAAUGUCCCUCACCUUCCGCAAUGGAAUCAACAGCUUCAUUUCGUUCAGCUCCGUCAAGCCCGCCAAGAGAUUUAAGUCGGCAACUCUCGAAACCUAUCGAUGAUUUCGGAAAUGAUGCAAAGAUUCUAGACAAGCUGCAACGACAGCAAAUGCUAGCAGCUAGCGGUGGCGGAAGUGGGAAAGACGGUGGUGGGAGUAGUAGCAGCGCAAUGGCUCAACGUCUUAAAAUGAUGACAACACAUGAUGACGAGAGUGUGGAAAGCGUGCAUGAGAUUGUCAGCUCGCAGGAAGAUUUGGAUAUGGAAGUGGACCAGCGAUUGAAAAUCAGCAGUCCCACGAAAAUAUCACCUCGAACGCCUGUAACUCAAAACGAUCCCCUCGGCGCAUUAAAUGCUGAGAAUGAUGCCGUUGAAGCGUCAAGCGAAACGAAGAACGACCAGGAGAGGAUCGCAAUGAACAAUAACACCCUCUAUACGGACCAGCCGAUCCUGUUUAAGGGACAUCGAAGUGCCACAUUUGAUGAAGGAAUGCAUCCACAUCGCAGCAUGCAUCGUUCGGAAACGAUGCCUGCCAAUUCGGUUACGUCGAGCCUGGCCAAUUUUGGGUCCUCGCUUAAAUUCAAUUUCGGUCCCAGUCUGACAGGUAAAAAGUCCAACGAAUUAAUUCAAGGCGGCAUUAGCAGCAUCAAACAUGCCGCCACCUCGAUGGCAAAGAAACUGGACGAGAUCAAAGAAGCAAUAUCAGCUAAUUCUACUCCAGUAAAAACUAAUUCCGGUUACGGGAACGAUAGCAUCAACGAAGACGAAGUGAAUCAUGAAGAAUCUGGUGCGGGCGGCCAGAGGACUCGUCGUGUUUCAAGUGAUAUGGAUUUAUGGGGUCGUUUGAGUGAAUCGCGUAAAUCAAGCUAUAACAAUCUAGUUCCGCUGGGUGAACAUUCAUCGACAACGAGUUUAAAUAAUGGUUAUCCCACAUUACCGGAGAAUUUGUAUUCAUUUCAUGGCGAGGGUCACGAAAAUCCCGACUGUGAUGUUCUCAUACAACUGACCUCCUGCUCGCAAUGUCAUAACUGCUCUGUACUUAUCUACGACGAAGAAAUUAUGGCCGGUUGGACAGCGGAAGAUUCAAAUUUAAACACAACGUGCCAUGCAUGCGGCAAAAUGACCGUGCCAUUUUUAAGUGUUCAGAUAAUUGUCAACGAAAAAUUGAAAAACGAAAAGCAAUCUGAUAGCUUAAGCAUUCCGUACUUAAAUCCGUUGGUGUUGCGAAAGGAGCUGGAAAACCUACUGGCACACGAGGGCGAUUCGGUGCUUUUGAAGGAGUCAUUUGUUGAAGAACAUCCGAUUAUUUAUUGGAAUUUGAUAUGGAUCAUGGAACGCAUAGAUAGUUCAACACAUUUGCCGGAACUAUCGCUACCUAAACAGGUUGCGCCGGAAGUCGAUCCAUUGCGGGAACCAAACACUAUCCAUAUCCAAUGCUUAUGGGAUAAUUUGAGGUUGCACGCCGAAACAGGACCUCCUGUUUACAUUUUAUGGAAACAACCAGAACCAACAAGCCCCUUGCUUAAGGCAUUACUCACGGACCAAACUAGUUUAAAUAGGAAUGUCAUCCAGCAACUCAUUUCAGCGAUUCGUUGCAACGAUCUUAUCUCCCCCGUCAAACGAUUGGCGAACGAACGUCAUAAACUCAAGCAUUCUGGAGUCGAACGACCUCAUUCAAUAUACAGGGAUAUUAUGUUUUUAGCACUGACCGCGAUCGGUCGUUCGAAUGUCGAUAUGGUGUCAUUUCAUCGUGAAUACGCCGCUGUUUUUGAUAAAUUAACACAACAAGAGUGUGAUAUGUACUACCAGAGUCAGGAUCUAAUGCCGUCAGCGGCGGCUAUCUGUUGUCGCGCCUAUUUCAAACCGUUACUGCUUCCUUGACAGGAGCCAUCAACGUUCAAGAGACUAGAAUGUAAUUUGAAACUUAAAAAUAUACGUAGAUAGGAAAAGGUGAGAGUGGUAUCGCAAACGAAACUAUAAGCGAUCAAAUGAGAAAUGUCGACAGUGAAAGCAAUACAACGCCGGCUGUUUGAUGAUUUGUUCUAAGCGUUCGCCUAUUUGUAUCGUUUGGAACUGGGCGUGCGGUUAGGGUUUUAACGAUCCUUUGUGUUCUUAGUCUAACAAUUGUAGUUAAUAAGAAACGUCGUCGAUGGACUAGUGCGACCAAUCAGAUAACUACAAAGGACGCGGAACCCGCCUGCGUCGCGAGCGAAGGAGUAUUUUGAAUUGCUUUCAGCUCAAAGCUGAACAUUUUCUCGUAACUUUAGUGGCUUUCUACGAUUUUCAUUGUUGGAUUAUGUACUGUAAAUCGUAUAAGUUAGUAAGACUUUGAAUUAUAUUUUAAAUCUGUACUUAAAGUAUAUUUUUCACCCUCGAUCAUCAGCUCUAACGAACGCAGAAAACUACUUUAACUAGCCAAUUCCACAUCCAUUAGUUCAGUGUGGACACUAUCCACCUUCAUUUUUAGUGUAAACUGCUUUCAACCCAUUCGCAUGACUUUCUAUACUUUAUUGCAUUUUUUAUCACAGAAUAUGAAUCAUUUAAACUAGAAUUAGGCGCGUUAGACAUCCAUCCCUAGAACGUACGCGAAAGUCGUAACGACAGCUCAUUACCUCCCCACGUCGAAGCAAAACCCUCGUCAUUCCCUUCCUUCCACUACUGAAUCUAGUUUUCAUAUUAUAAUAAAUAAGAAAAGGAAUAAGAAUAGAAGCUGAAAAUGGAGUUUAGGAGAAUAAAACAAUUGGUGGGUUGAUGGGAUAUUAGAGGAUUAUCUGAGGAAGAGAAAAUUAAAACAAUUUAAAAAAAAUGUGAUAAAACUCGAAAAAAAUAUUUUCUAUAUAAAAACUGAAUAAAAAAAACUCAAAACUAAAUAAACACAAGAAAAAAAUGAAUAAUUAAUAACAAAUAAAGACAGGAAGAGAAAAAUGUUACUUAUAUAUUGUACUUGUUACUUUCCUAAUUGUAAAACGAAGAGAAACUCGUCAAGUCGAAACCGUCAUCUCAAUAACUAAAUUAUGAAACUAAAAGUUUAUAAUUUAUCUCUCUAUAUCUUUAUCUUUAUCUGUUUUCGUUUUGUUUCUGAUCCUUUGAAUCGAAAGAAAGAAAUUUAAACGAAGAAAAUGAUUGAUAAUAAAUAAUAUUAGGAUUUAGAGGAAGAAAGUGAUGUAAAUCAAAAAAAUAAAAUUAAUGAAAAAAGAGCACACCUUUAUGAAA